AUGCAGCCCCGUUGCCGCUGCCUCUUCCUCCUCUUCUGCGUCUUCCAACGCUAUAGGACAUGGGCAGACCUGGAGGAGACCUUCACUAUCCGGCUGCUCCAGACCUCCAUUUUCCAAAAUGCAUCCUUUGUGGACACAGAGGGGCUGGGCCUGCUACAAGACAUCGAGCUUGGUUCUCUUGAUAAGCAUACCUGGUCCAUCCGCUUCCACCAGCCCUGGGUGCACCCAGCCCUGCCCCGCAGUGACUGGGACACCAUUCAGAACAUGAUCAGGAUCUAUCUGCAGCAGUUCAGCCACCUGAUCAGUGAAGGUGCAGUUCAGAAGAAUGUGCCCUACCCUUUUGUGACCCAAUGCAUGGCAGGCUGUGAGGUCUACCCCAACAGGACCUCCAGAGCCUUCGCCUAUGUGGCUUACAAUGGCCAGGACUUCCUCAGCUUCGACACAGACAAUGCCACGUGGGUCGUCUCCCAAGACACCAACCUCUCACGGUACGUUCAGGCUUCUCUCCAGAACUAUACCGCCUUCAGCGAGCUGGUGGAAAUCCUCUUCAACGAGACCUGUGUUGACGACAUAGAUAUGUUAGUGCACUAUGGGAGAGCAGCUCUGGAGAGACAAGAGCCUCCCCUGGCCACAGUCUUCGCCCUCACCCCCAGUGCAGCCCAGCUCCUGCUGGUUUGCCGUGUCACCGGCUUCUUCCCCCCGUCCAUCAGUGUGGUGUGGCUGCGGGAUGGCCAGGAGGUGCCACCGGGCCCGGCUCUCAACACCAGUGCCAUCCUGCCCAAUGCUGACCUCACCUACCAGCUCCGCAGCGUCCUGGCUGUGGUUCCCCGUGACGGGCACAGCUACGCCUGCCGUGUGCGCCACUGCAGCCUGGGCACCCGCAGCCUCCUCAUCCCAUGGGGGAAUGCAGAGAUUGUCCUGAUUGCAGGGCUCGGGGCUGGGCUGCUGGCAGCCUUGGCCAUGGCAGCUGUCAUAGCACGCUGGGUGUGGAAAUGCAGAAAGCACCAGCAGAUGUACCAGGAAUCAGAGUCCAGGAACUCCAUCCUGAGCAAAGAAGCUUAG